CAACAACCAAUAAUUGUAAUAAGAACAACAAGAACGGCAACAACAACAAUAGGAACAUCAUCAUCAUCAUGAAGAUGGACAUCGAAGCGCUGUGCAAUGAAUGGAAUGAACUCAAUCGCGAGUACACAGAGCUUGAGACGUGCAACAGACGCUACAUUGAGCUGCUGGAACAGCUGUACAGUCAUCAACAAAAAUGCUUCAACGAGAUCAAACAUCAACGCUAUCGCAUGAAUCAAAUAACGGCCUCGUUACGACAAUUUCCGUCGCCCGGUGGGCCAUCGGAUAAGGAGAAGCUCGAUGAUCUGGUAAAGAUGUCGCUGAAGCGGAAGGCGCAGUUGCAUGAAAUUGAGCAAUCGCUGCCGGCAAAAUCGGGUCGUUACUUGCAGAUUAUCCUGGGCGAUGUGAACGUCUCAAUUCUGAACAGAAACGACAAAGUUCGCUACAAAGAUGACUAUGAAAAGUUUAAAUUAAUACUCAACGUUAUUGGACUGAUAAUGGCAUUCUUCAAUUUGAUAUUUAACUACAGAGCUCUGGAAUUGGCCUUCAUCUUUCUGCUGGUUUGGUACUAUUGCACACUGACCAUUCGCGAGUCCAUACUGAAGGUGAAUGGCUCCAGGAUCAAGGGCUGGUGGCGUGCCCAUCACUUCAUAUCGACGGUGGCCGCUGGUGUUUUGCUCGUUUGGCCCCAAGGCGAACACUGGCAACUCUUUCGCCAGCAGUUCAUGUACUUCAAUGUGUACAUCAGCAUUGUCCAGUAUUUGCAGUUUGGCUACCAGAAGGGUCUGUUGUAUCGACUUAAGGCGCUCGGCGAGCGUCACAACAUGGACAUCACCAUCGAGGGUUUCCAUUCGUGGAUGUGGCGCGGUCUGAGCUUCCUCUUGCCCUUCCUGUUCAUCGGCUAUGCCUUCCAGGCGUACAAUGCCUGGACGCUCUACAAGCUCGCCUACACGCCCCCCGAUGCGCCGUGGCAUGUGUCGGUGAUGUCCGGUCUGUUCCUGUUGCUCUUCGUCGGCAACAUGGCCACCACGUUGUGGGUGGUGCCCGAAAAGAUACGCGAGCGUGCCAAGGAACGCUAUCGCCUUCAGUCCAUGGGCAAGUCCAUGAAGCUGCGCAAGGAGAUGAAGAACAGCGCCAGUGACUUGGACCUUUCGGCCAGUUCCCCCACUGUGGCAGCAACAGCAGCAGCAGCAACCACACCAAUAACAACAACAGAUGCGGCAGCAACAACUACAGAAGCUGCCACAACGCCAACGGAGUCCGAGAAGAAGGCCAACUAAACAACACUGAACACUGAGAAACUGUGGCAUUUUGAGAGAUUCAAGUUCUCAAUCACACUAUCUAUAUAUAUGGUAUAUAUAUAUAUAAAUGCAUAUAUAUAAUAUACAACAAAUGUAUACUUUUUUUUUUCUUUCGCUCGCGAACCCUUAAUUUAUUAAUUUAACUGUUAAGUUGGAAGUUUUUACACCCCCCGUUUCGGUUUAUCGCGCGUUUAUUGAUUAUGCUCUUAGCUAAGCAACAGCAAAAUAGCAAGUGAAGAAAAUAGAAAAAACGACAAACAACAACUACUGUAAAUUUAUAUACCAACUAUGUACAUUUAUAUAUUUUUUUCCGUGUUUAUAAGUAUUUUUUUUUUUAUUAUGAUUAUUAUUAUUAUUACUAUUAUUAUUGCUAUCCUCACUUGUAGUCAGAAAAGAAUGAGAAGCAAAAGUGAUGGAGAAAAAUGUGAAAUGUGAAAUGAAAUUGUAAAGUUUUGUGCGCCAGAGAAGCGAAUUGAUAUUGAAUGAAAAGAAAUUGCACUACACAAGAAAAUAAACAAAAAUAAACAGUGGCAAAAUGGCAACAACAAAAUGACACAAACAACAAUAACAACAA